AUGUCCCCCCUCGAGCACACUGCAGUCACCCGUGCCACUUGGACAGAUGCACCGGUGGCACGCUGCCAAGGUGCAGCAGCCUCAGAGCUGCUUUCUCGCAUCAGCGGGGCCUUUGACCUGCUGUUCAGCAAGCUCGAGACGAGAAUCCAGCUGCGUGAUGCAAACGCCAUCACCGAGAAAUUGCGGACCCAACUGUUCGACCUCCAAACCAGACUCUACACUACUGAACACAAGUGUGACCUUACCCAGCUUCGCCUGGAGAUGACACAAGCUAACCAGCCUACUCCCAACCAAGCUGCUCCCAAAUCUUGUCACCGGCGCAAACCAAAACCAAAAACACAGACCCCAGCGUCAGACGCUUCAGACCAUCCUCCAACCUCUCCUCAAUAUAUGCAUCCUACUCCUCCUCCUUUCAAUACCACUCCUUCUCCUCGCCUUGCCUACCGCCGCUGGGCAUCCAGGCCCCGUUCGCGUGGUGCAGGGCGCCCAUGCAAUUCUGUGGUCAUUCAUUCUAAUAGGGAACAGACCCAAGUGCAUACAGACAUCAAGAGUGAGGAGGAUGAUGUGGACCUGCCAAUGAGGAAGUCGGCUAACUGUCAAACACCAGAGGUGUAA